AGGCUCAGACGAAUCUAAAAGGUCACGGGUACCAGAUUACAGGUGAGACUGGGCACAGGUAAACACAAUGACCAGCAUAGAAGCUUGGAAUAGUACAGACGGUUUACCAAGACAAUUUCUAUCAUCUUUAAGAACUUUAUUUGAUAUAUUAGAUGAGAAAAAAUGUGGUUAUGUCAGGCUUCAAGAUAUUGAAACCAGAUGGCACGAAGAAGGCGUGAAAGGACUUCCAAGUGGAGUUACCGAUGCACUGAGAAAAGUCGUCCCUCCAAAUGGUUAUCUAAGCUUCGAACGCUUUGUAUCUGGACUAAAAUUAGCACUGUUGACAAGUAAAACCAAACCAAAUAGCAAUCCGGUCAAUGAAAAGGAAAACAUUGAUCACAAAGACAACCAAAGAAAUAAACUUCCAAGUCAGGGCACAUCAAAUUCAAAUUUACAAUACAGACAGCGCCAUACUAGACAAAAAUUAACAAGUACGUCACUGUCACCAGACCCUGUAAAUUCAAAGAAAGAUUAUGAUGAAAGGACGAAUCCAAAUGUCUUACAAAAUUUGUCAAACCAAAGACCUCAAAAUAUUAACCCAACUGCCACAGUUCCGCCAAAUAAUGUACAUGGUCACAUUCCAACUCAAGCAUGGAAAAAUCCUUCAAAUCGUGAACAGAAGAGUGAAAAAUCAUAUCGUAGGGAAGGAUAUCAAAGUGCACAAUCAGGGCCACCUCCAAGACCCGAUAGAUCUCCACAGAAGACCCAGUCUGAACUGCCUCCAAAGAUUCCCCCGAGAGGAAACACAAGUAAAAGGAUUAUAAGUGAACUUAAAAAUUGGCAGCAUCGAAUGCAUGGAAUGCAGCAAUCUAAAGACAAAUCUACAGUUGAUUCAAAGUCUCCUGAACAAAGUUCUGCUCAGAAUGAAAUAUAUGUAAAUAUUGCCCAGUUAAAUGCAUCAGACCACGGUCCCACUACUUCUAGUCAUCCAUCCAGUAUUAAGAGACGAGAUUCUGCAAGACGACAUACAUUAUCAAGUGGAGUAGACGCUAACAUGAUAAAAAGAGCGAAGCAGUUGGAUGAAGAAAAACAAAUAUUAAUUCAGGGAUUAGCCAUGAUAGACAAAGCUCGUCUAUGGUAUCUGAAACAAAUUAACUUAAUGGAAGAAAAACAGAAAUAUGUCAGCAAAACUUCACAUAAUGACUACAAUUUAGAGGCAAUGCAAGAAAGAAUGAAUUUUGAGAAAGCAAGAAUAGCUGAAGUGAAUCAUCAAAUAAAAACUCUAGUUGACAGUAGUGAAAAGGGUUUUCCUCUCCAUAUGAACCUAGCUAUGACCUCUACAAAUCAUCAGUUACAAAGUACAAUUAAAGUUGUCAAAGAUCAGAAUAAACAGUUAACAAAGGAAAUCAGUCAUAAAAGUGAUAAAAUCACACAACUUGAACAAGAAAAGGCACAGUUGAUUAGAGAUCUGUUUGAAGCUCGCUCAAGUCACAAAACUAAUUAUGAUGAUACAACAUUUAUGUAAUUUAAAUAUAGUUGCCUUACAUCUAAAUGUAGCAAGGUCCAAGUGCAGCUCAAAUAAAUUAAUUUAGUGACUCUCAUAAAAUUGGAUCUCAUAUUUUGUGACCCUUUAAAAUCAGGAUACACAAGUGUCAGUCAUGUUUCAAAGAUAGGAAAUGGGAAUAAUAUUGAAAAAACAUCUUUCCUGCAAAGAAUUACUAUUUAUACAAGGGGCUUAGGUAGGUGAAGGGUCUGGGUUUAAGUUUCUUAUUAUGACAGAUACCCAUGUCUGAAAAUGUUUUUUUCUGUAACAGUUAUACUUAUAAUGUUAUAAGGAAUAUUUUUUUACAUUUUUUAAUUAAGGUGGUACCUAACACUACA